AUGUCAGCAGGUACCUGGGUACCCGCCCUGGAGGGUGCGGGUGUUCAAAAUAUUGGAUUUUUGAGGCAGGUACCCGCACCCGCUACAGGUACCCAGAAAUUGCUUGGACAAGCUGGUGCAACUAGGGCUGGAACCCGGGGUUUUGGUCGGGUGGUCAAGCCCAUCCCGAGACCCGUAUCCGAAAUCACCCGGGUUAUCACCCGUAACCCGGUCUACAAUUCCACCAGCAACUCAGAGAGCCACCAGAAUGAAACGUGCAAGAAACUCCUCCCAGAAAAAACAGCAUCAGCAACUGGCAACAGGCUCUAG